AUGGCGGUAGCCGGGAGGCAACGGGUACAGUAUGCAAAAACGAAGUUCGACUUGCCAUCAACGGAUGAGGUGGUGGACGAGACAUGGAUGCCAGAGGUUGUCGGCAAGCAAGCGCAGCACAACUUGGCGCGAACCGUCCUCUACGACUGGGGCAGCGGAGAGCCUCAACCAUGGUAUGCUGUGUGCUUUUUGACGGCCGGAUUUCUAUGGGUCCAGGUUGUUUUCUGUCAGGUUCUGCCUGUCCUGCCUGGUAGGUACCAGAGGGUACCGGUUGGUAGCAGUGUAUGCCUUGUAUGA